GGGUCCUUUGGGGUGCAUCGGGGAAACAGAGCAUGUCCCAGGGGACGGUCCGAAUCAGAUUAGAGGAGGAGAAAGAGGAGGAGUUUCGCGACAGAAUCGAGGGUCCUGUGAAACCCACUGCUGGUCUGAGCGCAGGCGGUUUAGGAGGGGGUUCAGCUCCGUGUGCUGGUGCUGGGGCGAUGCGAGAGGCGGAAUGGCAUGGAGGGGAUGGUGGUGCUGCUGCUGUUUUGUCGAUUUCGGUGUGAGUGAUUGAGAAGUGAGGGAGAAGGGGUUGAUUGAUUUUUGGCCUCUUCUUUGGAAGGGAGAAAGUUUUCGCGUGCUGACAUAGCAGAGCAGAGGACCCAGAGAUCUCAGAGCCUCAUCUCGUCAAAAAGGCACCUCGGCUGAAAGAGAAGGCGAGGCGAGGCGAGGGAGGGAAGUGGGAGUCGUCGUCCAGCUCAUUGUCGAGCCUCGUGGAGAUGAGGAGAGGUGGCAACUGAUCCCCCCCUCCACUCCCACCCCCACCCCGGCCUUGAAGCAGACCCCCUCUCUCUCUGUAACUGCAGGCCAGAGGGAGGCGGCCAUUUGUGGGAUUCGGCUCUUCUGGGAGAUAGAGAGAGAACACAGAGGCAGGAAGCUGUGCACGGGCUAGAGCAGCUGAGGCCCGCCCAUUGCCGCACGAGUGCGGUGGAUAGCUGGUAUUUUAGCUGUGGGACUCAGCGAGUGUCAGAUUUGCUCUGUUGACGAGCCUUGAGCGUCUGGAUUUCAAAUGUCCCUGUGCACGGGAAUUCGUGGUGGUCUCGUGAACACGGCCUCCUGCAGCAGUUUCAGUAUCCCUUCAUGUAGUAGCAUUGAUAAAUCCUGUGCCCAAGUUGACAGCCGCCUAAAUUCAUCGUCGAAUCUAAAUGGUUGUUGCUCAGCAUCCACUCAAUGCCAUCUCGGGCGAAGUCGACAGAGCUCACUGAGUUGGGUUGGAAGAGAUUCCCACGGGCGUGUAGGUGCAGAGGCUGCCAAAUCUUAUCAAAAGUUUAGGGUUCACUGCGAAGGAGGCAGUGCUAGUGGUUCUGUGAGUCUGGAGGAAUGGACCAAAAGGCUCCCUUCCAAGAGGAAAGCACUGUAUUCGCACAGCCUGCCAUGCAUAGAGGCCUGGCUUCGAAGCUUAGGGUUUUACCAGAACAAAGAGGAUCGCUCGGUAUGGAUUAUUGAAAGGCCCGAUUGGCAUGCUCAACUUUCUUUGGACAUCACAGAUCUUUACAUAAGGUACUUGAAAACUGGACCCGGAAAUUUGGAGCGAGAUAUCGAGAGGAAGUUUAGCUAUGCACUGAGCCGAGAGGACCUCGAGAACGCAAUUCUGGGCGGUCCUUGAGCUCACCCUUAUAAUGUACAUUAAAUGUCGAUAAGCAAUCCUGAAUUGAUCAAAUCUGAACAUCUGUUGUCAUGGUUCAUUCUUCCGCCCGGCGGUAUUUCAGUUGUCGGUUGUCAUUUAGGAGCGACGAAGUAUACCUCCUUGCCAAUUGUUUACCCAACCCAAUCUCUAAAUGCCUACCUCAGAGCUAGGAACAUCGACGAAUGCGUGGACACGAUGACGCCUCGACUACACUGUGAUUGGCUCUCUCCAUGUCACUUUUUCUGCUGCGUAUGUUUGGCCGUAUCCUCUCCAAGCCUCCCAUACUCGUUUGCCUUGACAAUCGUUCCAGGGCCGAAUGAUGUACUCUCGAUCGUCCGUUUAGUGGUCUGCCGUUUCUCUUAGACUGGCCGGUGCUGACUUCAGAUCUUCAUUCUGUAACCAAGCUACCUCUUGCCAUGGCAGUUUGCAGUAAGCUUCAGUGUGUGAGCAAACGCCGAAUGCCGGUCUUAACUUCUCUGCCGAAAUCCGAUGUGUGGAAAGAUGUAACAUACGAACAGAAAUGGGACAUUUGUGCCUGGAACUUCGUCCUCGGUUACUUAGCUGAAACUGUAUCGACCACCAGAUCCUCAGACCUGAAUCAUCAGUGGUGCACCGCAGGUCCAGUACACUCUGUUGUCGCCGUCAGUUGAUUUUCGUCGCAUGCUACCGUCUUCGAAGAUUAUGGGUGAAGUCUCCAUCCAUACUCAGGAUUUGUAAUCCUGCGGAUCUACUGAAAUUUCAAGACCUGCUGACUCGGUCUUGGACACCGAAACGCGUUUCCCUCUUCGCGUCGUUCGCAGGGACUGCAUUUCCCACCAGAAGGCGGGUUCCCAGGAAGUGAAUCGGCUGGCUUCAAUCCAACAUUCCACAUUGUGAUCUUUGUCCGUAACAGCAGAGUUAGAAGAUUGUUACACUCAUAUAACCAACGCAGCUUGAGUUGGCCCC